AUGGCGGUCUUCCGCAGGUCCAUCCUGCACAUCCACACGGCUGUUGAGGAGUGCGAGAUCGUGAAGCUGGUGAGUGCCAUAGACAUGCGCACCAAGGAGACCAAGAAGGUCAAGUACGUCAAGAGCGGGGCCAUGUGCGUGUGCCGCAUCUCACUCGAGAAGCCGCUGUGCAUGGAGACGUUCCAGGACCUGGCGGCCAUGGGGCGCUUCACCCUGCGAGAUGAGGGCCGCACCAUCGCCAUCGGCAAGGUGACCAAGCUGCCCAAAGCACAUUAG